CCGGCGUCGGUGCCUCCCGCCCGUCAUGGGGUCCGGCUUAAAACGGCGGGCGGCGUGCCGGGCGUGGGAAGAUGGCUUAAUGCGGACAGGCAGAGCCCCUGUGGACUUGGGCACUGCCCCCCCUGGCGCUGUCAUUUCUAGUGUCCAGCCAUGGGAAGCGGUCAAGUGUCGACAUUUUGUUGGUUUCGACUUCCAGCUGUUUCGAGUUAGGUUCUGAAGGAUGACUGGUGCUGUUUUCUGUGAUGCCGCUUGAAGUCUCUGCACUCCCGAUCGAUAAGUAAAGUGCAGAUUUAGCUGCACAGCCUGGGCAGAAAACAUCAGGCGUGCUACUUCUUUUCAGCUCCUUAAGUGGACACAAGUGCAGUGUAUCUGCAAGGGAAGAUUCUUCAACAGAUUUUUAAAGCUAAUAAUAAAGACAACAUAGUAUCAUCCACCUUUCUGAUUUACAGUACAUCACUUCCAAGACAGAUGGUCUGUCAGAAGCUAGAGGAUGUCUGCAGAGCACAUAAUAAUGAAGUAGUGAAAUGAUACUGCUGCUGCUGCCCCCUAAUUGUCAGGAUCACAGCUGAUAAAACUGCACUGCCCUUUUUCUGCUCACUUUAUCAGGCCAGAAACAGCAGGGUGGACAUGGCUGGCUGCAGUAACAACCUGCUAGUACUGCUUCUUCUGUUUCAAAACAUCUGCUUAGGAUUCAGAAGCUCACUUCCAGUCUUCAAGAGAUAUAAAGAUGCUACCAGGUCUCUUUCCAGUGAAUGCCUUGGAAGCAACCAGCCAGUGAUUUCACUUGGUCUGUCAGAUUUUGCACUGGAUAUUCGCAUGCCUGGGGUAACACCUAAGCAGUCUGAUACCUACCUCUGCAUGUCAGUACCCCUGCCAGUGGAUGAUGAAGCCUAUGUAGGGUUUGAUAUUGAGACUUGA